AUGCGUCACGUGACACGGGCAGGGGGAUUGCUGCAGAAAAGGCUGAGUGAGAGUGAGUUCCGGGUUGUUAGCUCCCUGAUCACAUGUGUGGCUGAGAUCAGCUGGGUUAUAUGCUUCUCAUGUGCAGACCCAGAGCUGGGGUUCAUGGAGGAAGCAGGGCAGAGAGCUGAUGGACUGGCCCCCAUGCUACAUGCAGCAGAUUCCAGUAAUGAUGUGAGUGAUGAAGGACUGCCAGAAGAUCUGCUACCUGUUAAUACAAGUGCAAUUGACCAACUAAGUGACGGGCUAAUUUCCCACUACUUGCCUAAUCUCCAGAGUUCUAAGCUUGCCUUGCAAGAACUUACGCAAAAUCAGGUGGUAUUACUAGACACUCUUGACCAGGAAAUCUCAAAAUUCAAAGACUGUAAUUCUAUUCCUGACAUCAAUGCUCUGUUUUCUGAAGCAAAAUAUUACCACAACAAACUGGUGAAUAUCCAGAAAGAGAUGAUAAUACUUCAUGACAAGACUUCAAAAUUAAAGAAAAGAGCUUUAAGAUUACAACAGAAGAAACAGGAAGAAAACCUUAAACGGGAACAACAACGUGAACGUGAAUUGGAAAGAGAGAAACAGUUAACAGCAAAACCAGCAAAAAGGACGUAAUAUGCCCAACUUACCAAAUAUUUACUGCUUCACGUAAUCCAAGAGAUGUGAGCCAAUGCUUGGGGAAAUGUCACAGUGCCUAUCUCUUACUUUCAUGUCAUGCAUUUAGAUUGCGUUUUGAAGAGGUCUUCAUUAAUUUUAGAGUUUUUUAUUCCUUUUAAUAUGUUAAGUUAAUGUCACAUUUCAGUAAGAGGGACAGUAUAGUCACCAAAAUAACUAUCGCUUAACUAAGCAUUUUUAGUGUAUAGAUCAUGCCCCUGCAGUAUCCCUGCUCAAUUCUCUGCCAUUUAAAGUUAAAUCAUUUUUUUUUUGUUCAGCCAUAGUCACACCUCCCCCAGCUGUGACUCAUACAAUCAAAAUGAAAAAAAAGGUUUCAUUUUCAAUCAGAUCUUACAGCACAAAGUUUUUUUUUACUUUAGAGUUUUUAUCUCCUACUUUAUUUAUACACAGAAGGUCCCUGUAGGCUCUCAACCGAGCAGGAGUUAAGACAUUUAAAAUUACACACACUGUGCAGUAAAGGAAGUUUUGAAAACUAGAUCUCUCUUUACAGGAAGUGUGUAGGGAAGCUCUGUAAGCCACGGGCAGGGGGAAUGCAUGGCUAGGACUGAAUGAAAAAGUGUUUGUUUGGUUUUUCUCCUCUUAAAUAGCAGAGAAUUGAGCAAUAAGACUGCAAGGGUAUGAUUUAUAUAUCAAAACCACUUAACUAAGCCAAAGCUGAUUUGAUGGUUAGUGUCCCUUUAAACCAGGCCAUCACUGUGCCAUGCCACAAUCACAAAGCAGUCCAAGAUUUCAUGGCUGUUCUGUUUGCUUUCAGUAACCAGGAUAUACAUCUUGGUUUAUACCAAGGAACAUGGCCUGGAAAUACUGUUAAAUCCGUUUACUCAAGUCGUUUUCCCACGGUGCUGAAAACAGUUAUUAUCAGGAUAAAAUGAAUACAACAGAGGUUGAGCAAUUGGUUGAUCAGAGAGUCGGCAGAAUUAUUCAUAUUGUAGACAGCGUUCCAGAAUUACAUAACUUUUUAUAAUAGUGCAAGCUUGAAUCUCUUAAUUCUCAUAUGCUCCUAUUUCUGAAAUAUUUGUUUUGAGGCUGUGGUGUUUAGUUUGGGAAUGCCAUUAAAUUGUGUGGCCAUUGUUUAUUAACCCUUCGGACAAUUAUCCUGUUAUCGUACUGCACCCCUAUAGCAAUAUUAACAUCACAGAAACUGUGAA